UAGCUAUUACUAAUUAGAAGCCCUGGUACCACAGUGGCUAAACACUCUAGUGUUAACCAGAAGGUAAGCGGUUUGAAUCUACCAGCAACUCCACAGGAAAAAGAUGUGGCAGUCUUCUUCCUUAAGGAUACCAGACCUGGAAACAUGGUAGGGCAGUUCUACUUUGUCUUAUAGAGUUGUUUUUGUUAGAAUCAACUCAACGGCAAUGGGUUUGGAUUUUUUUGGGGGGUCAGGGGUUAUUUUUAAAACAGAUCCUCCUGUUCACAAAGGCAUUUCUAAACCUUGCAAAGAAGGUAAUAGCAAUAACCAGAUUUUUUAAAAAACAAAAAAAAUAAGGCACAAAAAGUCAACUGUUACAUCAUUAGGAUGUGACAGGUCACAUUUAAGACAUGGAUUUUCAGCUCAGAUGACCUUUAAUCACUAACAUAGAGUUACCAGAAUGGAGGAGGCAUGGAGAUUAUCAGGGAAAAGAUCAUACUUGGGAGUUCACAUUACAUGUUUCCAAUUAGCUUGAAAAUUGGUUUAUGAGUAUAGAUUCAAAUAGGAUAAUUAGAACCAGUGAAUAGAAGCUAAAAAGAGAAAUUUCUGCUGAAUUAAAGUGUCUGAAUAAUUAUAUAUGUUUAAAAUGAAAAGGGCUACCUGUAACUGAGAGUCACAGUCAAUGGAAGGACUUAAUAACAAAAUGCAGGUGGUACUGUAAAGGUGAUGACUAGCUGAGAUGCCAUUUGGCAGUUCAUUGAAUGUUGCCCUUACCUUCUCCAGCCUACACACUAAAUACAUGGAAGCAGAAAACCAAACAAAAUUUUCAGAAUUCCUCCUGCUGGGCCUCUCAGAGGAUCCUGAACUUCAGCCCCUCUUCUUUGCACUCUUCCUGUCUCUGUACCUGGUCGCUGUGCUUGGGAACCUACUCAUCAUACUGGCGGUUACCUCUGACCCUCACCUCCACACCCCCAUGUACUUCUUCCUCUCCAACCUGUCCUUUGUUGACAUCUGUUUCGUUACUACCACGGUCCCAAAGAUGCUGGUGAACAUCCAGACACAGAACAAACACAUUUCGUACAUAGGAUGCCUCAUUCAGGUGUAUUUCUUCAUGAUUUUUGCUGGACUGGACAAUUUCCUCCUGACCAUGAUGGCCUAUGACCGAUUUGUGGCCAUCUGUCACCCCCUGCACUAUACAGUCAUCAUGAGCCCCUGGUUUUGUGUCUUGUUGGUUCUGGUGUCUUGGGUCAUCUUUUUCUGGGUCUCCCUGCUUCAUAUUGUCUUGAUCACACAGCUGAACUUCUGUACAGACACUGAAAUACCACAUUUUUUCUGUGAACUGACUCAGAUUAUCAAAGUGGCCUGUUCUGAUACCCACAUCAAUUAUGUCUUCUUGUAUGUGUUGACUGCCCUGCUGGGUGUGUUUCCCCUCUCAGGGAUCGUCUUCUCUUACUCUCAGAUUGUCUCCUCCUUAAUGAAGAUGUCCUCUGCUGGGGCCAAGUAUAAGGCAUUUUCCACCUGUGGGUCUCACCUAUCCGUGGUUUCUUUGUUCUAUGGGACAGGUCUUGGGGUUUUCCUCAGUUCUGCUGUGACCCAUUCUUCCCAGAGAAGCUCUGUUGCCUCAGUGAUAUACACUGUGGUCACGCCCAUGCUGAACCCCUUCAUAUACAGCCUAAGGAAUAAGGAUGUGAAGGGAGCCCUGGGAAGGCUUCUCUGUGGAGCAGCUUUUUGUCCAUGAUGAUGGCCACUGGCCUCAGGGCUAAAUGGGCUUCACAUUCCCCAAAGCCAAAUAUCAUGAAUUUAAAUAUCUCGAUUUUUUUUUUCUUCCUCAGAAGACAUGCACCGUUUCUUCCAAUCCCAAAGCAACUAUAAUUGGCCUUCUACUUGUUAUUGUACUGUUUUGACUUAGUAAUUUUUUUUGACUCUUCUUUCCUAUGUGCUGUCCAUAAAGUUCUUUCUUUGGUCAGCUUUCUUAGAGCCAUUCCUAGAAAAUCCAACCUUAGAUUGACAUCAUUAAUCUUGUUAAGUGCAGACAUGAUUUUCCCAAAAGUUAAUCUCUCAACCCUUGAUGCAUUUCACCUUCAUUUGGUUAUGCAUGUGUUUUUCCCUGAACAAAAUAAAAUCAAAAUCAUACAACAGUCAUCACAAACUGCUUUCUCCAUCUGGACUGUCCUUACUGCUUUACACAUAUGAUUUCAUUUAACCAUGGCAAUAUUUCUUUGAGAUAUAUUCUCAUUCACCCCAUUUUUCAGAGAAGAGUCUGAGAUUGGGAUGGUUUCAAACUGGCAACCAUACUUUGCUAUCCUACUUUGUAUAAGAACAAUGAUGUGGUUUUCAAGUUCAAGGGUGGUAAUCUAGAUUUGAUAGAUGGUUUUUGCAGAUGAUUCAUAGUAAUAUACUGCCUUGGAUAACCUGAGAUGUUGAUUCAUUCUCUGUGGUCCUUUCUUGGUUCUUUUCUUCCUUCUUUUCCCCUUUCUUUCUUCCUUACUUUCUCCAAUUCCGUAUUUUAUUUUACCUUUAUGUCUCAUCAUUGCAGUUUUUAGAUAUACUCCCCAAGAUAGUAAAACAAUGUAGUAUUGAAUACAGUGGAAUAAGAGUUGUUCCCACAAGUGGUUUAAUUUUCUGGGACUCUCUGGAGGUGUCAUCAGGAAAGGUAGUUACACACUUGUGGAAUGCAUUCAGAUAUUCA